UUACAAUACCCGUUAUUCUGCACUGAGUGGGGCUGUCGCCGGCGGGGGCAGCCACUUUAUUAGAUGUGCGCUGGGAUUCCCAGAAGCGGAUUCCCUCUAAAUGACGGCACGUUUCUAUUUUCCAAUGCUUGCUGUAAGCUGACAAGAAUGAUGUUGCAAGGGUAGUGUCGAAUGUGAAGUCGUAAUCAACUGGGGAAUACUUACAUGGAUUGUCUCAGUAUGUGGAUCAUGGAAUAUAUAUAUAUGAAGCUAUUAAGUGUUUUCAAUAAAACCGGAAAAAUGAAAGAAGAAGAAAACAUUAGUACACAAUGCAAUCGGGCUGUAAAAGCAUUUCGCCGAGGUUUGUCAUCGGUACGUCAGCUCGUGGACUGUUUGCGCCGCGGCGCCGGGCAGGAACAGGGGAUUUGAGAGGGUCGGUAGACCUAGCAGCCUCCAGCACUUGACUUCGCUUUGAUUUUCUCCAGACAUGAGACCGCAGAGUUAGGGGAACGAAGCGGCUAAGCGAGACAGAGAGAGAGAGGAAGAGAGAGACAGAGAGGGGGGUGGAGUAGAGUUAGCGCAAAGGGGCAGGACUUUCCUCCCCCCCCCUCUCUCUCCCUCUCCCUGGUGCUUUUAAGAGGAAACUUUGUGUUUUGUUCUUCAAGUUCAGCCUCGUCCUUGCAAACUCUGCAGCUCUGCACUUCUCUGGCUUUCUGCUUUGUCUUUCCCUCUACCGAUGCCUUUGUUCUUUCGCCUCUUCUUACUUUUCCGGGGGAGUUUGAGCAUCAAGAGAAGAUGUGCAUUCAAAUAAAUCGCUGUUGGUGCAGAAGUUCCAGAAGUUCUUUUCACCGGUGUUUGCUCUCCGCGAUGUGCUGACCGAAACGCGAAUGUUCCGGUGCGGACUGCUUGUUUUCGGGUGAAGAUGGCUUGUGUUUUCCGCUCUUGCACCGGCGGAACGGUGCUGCUGAGGGUAUUGCUACUAUGCGCUGUGGAGUUCCGCACUGGCCAUGCCGUGCACGGCGGGGGCUUUGUCACUUUCAGAACGUUCUCCUCACCUGUGAAUGAGUCGCUCCCGCCACUGGCUGAGAGUGUGGAUGGACUAGUGCGGACAAUAGACAGGAUUUAUCACGGAGGUGGGAAAGUUGGGUACCUGCUCUACCUAGAUGGAAAGCGCUUUCAGUUGGAUAUGGAGAGGGACGAGGCGCUUCUGUCACAUCACUUCAGCUCCAAGUAUGUGACUGCGCUGCUGGGGGCGGAAGAGGGCGCACCGGCCCUUCACCGGGAGUGUGUUUACAGAGGCACGGUGGACUCGAAUCCAGAGUCCUUAGCAGUGUUUACCUUGUGCGGUGGCGGUCUUGAAGGAUUUUUUGCGGUGGAACAUGCCCGUUAUACUAUCAGACCGCUCGUCCGAGCCAAAGGUCAUGAAAAUGAUGUGCACGUGAUAGAGGAUGCGGACGCAGAGCGCGCGCUCCACUAUUACAUCCGCGAGCGCUUCAGUUUCGAGGAGAUGUCCUCUGGCGAGAGCUGUAGCACACGGGAGAGGCGACGCCGGAAAGACUCCUCAGGAAAGCGACGGCGGAAGGGCCGGGGAAAAGGCAAGAGCCGUCGUCGCGGCUAUGCUCUGAAGGAGGACGACCACGGAGCGCACGGUAGGAGGUGGUGGGAGAAGUUAUCCAAGUCCGUUACACCCCAGAGCGAAAAUGUCAAAAGGCGCAAAAGGUCUGUGUCUCGCGCAAGGUAUGUGGAGCUACUGCUCGUUGCCGACGAGUCCAUGUCAAAGAAGUAUGGCAAGGACCUUAACCACUACCUGCUGACACUCGCCUCUAUCGCCUCCAAGUUGUAUGGACACGCUAGCAUCGAGAACCCCAUUCGAUUGUCUGUCGUGAAAGUGACCACGGUGACGGAGAAGGAGAAGGGGCUGGAUGUGUCCAAAAACGCGGCGGCGACCCUCAAGAGCUUCUGUAAGUGGCAAAACCAGCAGAACCCGCUAGAUGACGACCACCAGCAUCACCAUGACGCGGCAAUUCUCUUCACUAGGCAGGAUCUGUGUGGGCACCACUCCUGUGAUACUCUGGGUAUGGCAGACGUUGGCACCAUUUGUACGCCAGAGCGGAGCUGCGCUGUGAUAGAAGACGACGGCCUUCACGCUGCCUUCACAGUUGCUCAUGAGAUAGGGCACCUUUUGGGCCUGUCUCACGAUGACUCUAAGUUCUGCGAGGAGCGCUUCGGCUCGUUGGAGGACAAGAGGCUCAUGUCGUCCAUCCUCACCUCCAUCGACGCCUCCAAACCUUGGAGCCGCUGCACCUCCGCCACCAUCACCGACUUCUUCGACGACGGCAACGCUGAGUGCCUGUUGGACUCUCCGCGGACACCCAUGUUGGGCCCAGAGGAGUUGCCGGGGCAGAGCUACGACGCGGUGCGGCAGUGCCGGCUGGCGUUCGGCCCUGAGUACACGGUGUGCCCGGGCAUGGACGUGUGCGCCCGCCUGUGGUGCGCCGUCAUCCGCAAGGGCCAGAUGGUGUGCCUGACCAAGAAGCUGCCCGCCGUGGAGGGCACCCCAUGCGGCAAGGGCCGCAUCUGUCUGCAGGGCAAGUGUGUGGACAAGACCCGCAAAAGACACUACUCGGCCUCCAACCAUGGCAGCUGGAGCUCAUGGGGUCAGUGGGGCUCGUGCUCUCGCUCCUGCGGAGGAGGGGUGCAGUUUGCCCAACGCCUGUGCAACAACCCCCCACCCCGCAACAAUGGCCGCUUCUGCACAGGCAAGAGAGCCAUCUACAGGUCCUGCAAUGUGUUGCCAUGCCCCCCCAACAUUAAGAGUUUCCGUCAGGAGCAGUGUGAGGUGAGGAACGGGCCCCAGACGGACCCCAAGGGCGUGAAGACGUACGUGGAGUGGGUGCCCAAGUUCGCCGGCGUCCUGCCCAAGGACAUGUGCAAGCUGACCUGCAGGGCCAAGGGCACGGGCUACUACGUGGUGUUCUCUCAGAGGGUGACUGAUGGGACGGAGUGCAGACCAUACAGUGGCUCAGUGUGUGUGAAAGGAAAGUGUGUACGCACGGGCUGUGAUGGCAUCAUUGGGUCCAAGCUCCAGUAUGACAAAUGUGGCAUCUGUGGAGGAGACAGCACAGGAUGCAUAAAAGUAGUAGGCAACUUCACCAAGAAGAGUAAGGGCUACACGGACGUGGUGAAGAUCCCCGAGGGCUCCACACACAUCAAGGUGCGCCAGCACAAGCCCAAGGGCCAGCUCCGCUACACCGCCUACCUGGCCCUGCGCCGCCCCGGCGGCAGUGCCGGCGGCGACUACCUGCUCAACGGCAAGUUCAUGAUCUCCACCAGCGAGACCGUCAUCCCGCUCAACGGCAGCGUGCUCAACUACAGCGGCUGGAGCCAGCGCGACGAGGAGCUCCACAGCAUGGGCCCCGGGGCCCUGCGCGACGCCGUCACCGUGCAGAUCCUGGCCACCGACAGCAAGAAGCCGCUGGACAUCCGCUACAGCUUCUUCAUGCCGCGGCUGAUGCCCGGCGGCUCGGGCUCGUCUUCGUCUUCGUCGUUGCCGUCGUCGCCGUUGUCCAGCGGUGAGGUGACGUCGGCAGGGGCGUCCCCGGGAGCAGGGGCGGCAGCGUCCGUGCCGACGGUGCCCCCGGUUCCGGCGCCCGCUCCCCGGCCCGCGUCUACCACUCCACCGGGGCCGCAGUGGGUGACAGGCUCGUGGAUGAGCUGCUCGCGGACGUGCGACACAGGCUGGCAGAGCCGCACCGUCCAGUGCAAGGACGCGCAGGGCCGGCUGGCCAAGGGCUGCCCGCUCUCCGCCCGGCCCUCGGCCUUCAAACACUGCCUGGUGAAAAACUCCUCCUCUUCCUGGAUGUGUUUUUCCUCUUCUUGUUUUUGUGCUAGUCUUGGGCACUCCGUGCACAAGAUACAAUUUUUGCAAAUAUUUGCAAACCUUACACGGAUUUUCGCUGCAACUACACAUUCAGUAAAAACUUAUUUUCCCUUUUGGGGAUUCAACAGGAAUAUGAUGGAGUUUGUGCCUUUGGCGGUGUGUUUGCUCUGUACGCUUUGCGUUAGCGCCGGGCGCAGCGCGUUUGAGGAGAGUACGGUGGUGCCGGUUCGGCUCGACCCGGAUCUUAGCCAGAGUGGGCAGUGGCGGACCCUUAACGUCGAGGCGCAAGAGAAGGAGACAGAAAAACGCCUCUACCGUUUGGACGUGUUUGGCGAGCAGAUGGUCUUGGAGCUAGAGCCGGACCACACAUUCCUGGCGCCCGGGUUUGUCUUCCAUGUGGUGGGUAAUCCUGGUUCGACCCCGCAGCCGGAGUCUGACAGUGGAGCAGAGGCACGGUGCUUUUUCUCAGGAACGGUCAACGGCGAGGCCAACUCCGCCGCUGCGCUGAACCUGUGCGGAGGACUUCAAGGCGGUUUCUACCUGAGUGGUCAAGAGUACUUCAUCCAGCCACUCAAUGUCAGCGGGGGCAUCCAGUCCACAGAUGAGGAUCUUCAUGUUAUUCAGCGCAGGAGCAGGGGUUUCGUGGCGGAGGACGGCAGCUCCAAGUGUGGCGUUAAUGAGGAGGAGGAACGGGUUAAGGAGAGCCCGCAAAAGCAUACCUUGAAUAUGGACACAAACUCUGAUUCAAAAGCGCACCAUCGCUCGCGGCGCUUCGUGUCCACCCCGCGCUAUGUUGAAAUCAUGCUGGUGGCGGACCAGUCCAUGGCGGAGUUUCACGGUGCGGGCCUGAAGCCAUACCUCAUGACCAUCAUGGCAGUGGCAUCGCGCCUCUAUCGCCACCCAACCAUUCACAACUCCAUCAGUCUGGCCGUGGUAAAGCUGCUGGUGGUGUACGACGAGCAGCACGGGCCCGACGUCUCUUCCAACGCUGCGCUGACGCUCAGGAACUUCUGCCAGUGGCAACGACAGCACAACCCGCCCAGCGACCACAACCCCGAGCAUUAUGACACAGCGGUGCUGUUUACCAGACAGGAUUUGUGUGGCGCCCAUUCCUGUGACACUCUGGGGAUGGCAGAUGUGGGCACUGUGUGUGACCCGGAAAGGAGCUGCUCCAUUAUUGAGGACGAUGGACUACAGGCGGCCUUCACUGUGGCACACGAACUUGGUCAUGUUUUCAACAUGCCCCACGACGAUGCCAAGCAGUGUGCCAGCGUCAACGGUGACCACUGGAGCUCUCACAUGAUGGCGUCCACCCUCUCGAACCUGGACCAGCUGCGGCCCUGGUCCCCGUGCAGUGCCCUGAUGAUCACCUCCUUCCUGGAUAACGGCCACGGCCAGUGCCUCCUCGACAAGCCCCAGAAGCCCCAGGUUCUGCCCCAGGCCCUGCCGGGCACCGUGUAUGAUGCUGACCGGCAGUGCCGGUUGACGUUCGGUGACGAGUCCCAGCACUGCCCGGACCUGAGCACCACCUGUGCUGCACUGUGGUGUACGGUCACGACCUCCAAUGGCCUGCUGGUGUGUCAGACGAAGAACUUCCCAUGGGCAGACGGGACACCCUGUGGCCAUGACAACUACUGCCUGGCCGGCCAGUGUCUCAGCAAGAGCGAAGCAGCCAAACACCAGACUCCGGUAAAUGGUGGUUGGGGAACGUGGGGACCAUGGGGAGACUGUUCUCGGACUUGUGGAGGAGGCGUGCAGUAUUCCUUCAGGGACUGUGACAGCCCCACACCCAAAAAUGGAGGCAAAUACUGUGAAGGCAAAAGGAUCCAGUAUCGUUCCUGCAACACUGAGACCUGCCCCGAAAGCAAUGGUUUGACAUUCCGUGAAGAGCAGUGCCUGGCCCACAAUGACAUCUCCUCCCAGGUGUCAUUCGGAUCAGGUGGGGGAGUCGAGUGGGUGCCAAAAUAUGCCGGAGUAUCACCCAAGGAUCGCUGCAAGCUGGUGUGCCGUGCCAAGGGAACAGGCUACUUUUUCAUCCUUAAACCUAAGGUGGCUGAUGGCACUCCCUGCACCCCAGACUCCACAUCAGUGUGUGUGCAAGGCCAGUGUGUGAAGGCAGGCUGUGAUCGCAUCAUCGGCUCCAACAAGCGCUUCGACAAGUGUGGUGUCUGUGGUGGUGAUGGGUCUACCUGCAAGAAGGUGUCUGGUUCUCUGGACCGUGCAAGGCCUGGCUAUAUGGACGUGGUGACUAUCCCUGCUGGUGCAACCCUGGUGGAUGUCAAACAGCGUAGCCCCGGCGGCCGUCGUCACGACAACAGCUACCUGGCAGUCAAGCGUCAGGACGGUACCUACCUUCUGAAUGGCGACUACAAGCUGACGACGCUCGAGACAGACAUUUCUUUGCGGGGGGCACUGUUGCGCUACAGCGGCUCCUCUGCCACCUUGGAGCGUUUGCGGAGCUUCGCCCCUCUGCCCGAGCCCCUGACCAUACAGGUGCUGUCUGUGGGAGAGACCCCACGGCCGCGAGUCAAGUACAGCUACUUCACUCCGCGCCCUGCCGCCACCCCUGGCAGCUCCCCGAACCGCCCGUCCAUCAACGCCAUCCGGGAGGUCGGAGGAGCCGAGUGGAGCCUGCGCGAAUGGGGGCCGUGCUCACAGACCUGCGGCGGUGGCAUACAGCAGAGAGAGGUGCUGUGCCUGGACGCCCAGGGACGCCAGUCCAGGGAGUGCCCAGAGGAGCUCCGGCCGGCGGCCACCCGGACCUGCUCCACCCAGCCCUGCCCCAGCUGGCUCCUGGGCGAGUGGUCCAACUGCUCCAAGACCUGUGGCCGGGGCUUCCGGAAGCGUAUGCUGCGCUGCGUGGGACACGAUGGCCGGACGCUGCCCAACGAGAGCUGCAAUUCCAAAGACAGGCCACGACCCCUGCUCGACCUGUGCAACCAGACUGCCUGCUAGGACUGACUGAGUCCAGUCCCAGUCUUAUGAACAGCAGCUCCAACAGCCUGAGCCAGCCAGCCUGCUAACAUUUUAGGCUAAUAAAUGAAUGCAGAGUCCCCUGUUUGGCAGUGACUGCAGAAAAGCCUUGAGUCCAGUGGGCAAAGAGGCUGUCUUGUUGGUAUCCUGGUAUGGGUAAAUGGGAAGAGACAUUGCCAGCUCUUCACCACACACAGACUUGGCAUGGUCAGACUUGCCCCCACCCCUAUUCCAUGCCACCUGGCACAGGGGCACAGAUUGGCAUAGUGGUACCACAGAGGUAAUGGAAAAAGCAAAUCCUGAAGAGCACACCUGUCUUUUCUUCAAGCGUACUGCUUCCUGUGCCAGCGUCAUACGUGUGUGAAUGUGUGUAUGUGUUUAUGUGCGUGUGCUAAUGUAUACAUGCAUGUUCUCAUGUGUAUGUGUGUAGUCAUGUUUAUAUUACCUGUUCAAGCUGGACUGGACAGAGAGAUUUUUUUUUGUUUUUGUAAUUAGUGCAGAAGAAUUAUAGAGAAAGGAGAGAAAGUUACCGAGGGAAAUGCAGGAAUUCAAUCUAAAGGACACCUUAACAGAAGUGAGCAUAUAAGGGUUUGGAAUUUGGUUAUAUGUGUGUCAAAUCUUCUCUGGACUUGUCUGAGGACUUUUCACAGCAUGGGUCUUGGGAGGAGGGGGGUUGGGGGGUCAAAGGAUGCAAUCAAUCAUUGUCCACAUUACGAGCAGUACAACUUGCUGUUUUUCCCACCCAUUUAAAUUUCAAUACUACGUCGUCGAGCUGUCCGAUGUGUCCACUCCAUUCCUGUUGCAUACGCUGCUAUUUAAAAAAAAAAAUGUUGUUUUUGCCGUUUAGCAUUCACAAGCUACCCCUUUACAGUAAAAGACUCUGGGAGGAAGGGUGCAAAAUGACACGUGCAUCCGUCCCAAGCCUAGUCUUGCCAUGAGGGAAGAGACGGGUGGGGAGGGAGGGACAACUUAGGGGAGUGAGAAAGACCAAAGAUAGUUUUUUUCUGUGCCUUAGGGGAGUGUGUGGUAAUAUAUGUACGUCUGUGUGUGUAUGAUUGUGGAGAUGUACUGAGGGACUUCUCUCCUGAUAAUACUUCAUAAGUAAGUCUCUCCUGCCUUCUAAGAAGGGUUGUGCCUUUGAUUUUUUUUAUUUUUUUUUAUUAGGUGUUUUUGUACAGAAUAUCCAAACAUUAUUUAUUUUUGUACAGCCUGUUUAAUAUAAUCUUGUGGCUUUUUAUUAUUAUUGUAUUUUUAUUUGUUAUUAUUAUUGAAAUAACAGAAGGGGUAGAGUCUAUAGAGUAUUUAUACGGUCUGAUAUAUAUGGUCUUAGGUUUAUGAAUAAAGUAUCAAAUUGACCUGUG